AGCUUGUGAGAACGCCAGAUGUCCAGAAUGAAUCCUACCCAUGAAUUAAUUAUUGCCCGUAUUUCUUGCUGAGCUGAUUUGCUUGUUACAACCACAAAAUUCCACAGCUGGUAUGGAAAAACUUGUCUCGUGAUCCAUUCUGCGAAGCGUUUCUUUUGUACAACAAACCACCUAAAACCGCCCCCUUCCGCAUACCCAACCGCGGAUACACACCAGCGAUCCCCUCCGCUAAACAUGGCCGACCACUCCAUGUACCAUGCGCUCGGCCAAGGGGAGCAGCUCGACCCCAACGACCCGAACCGGACGAGCCAGCCUGCCUCUCAGCAGUUCAAUCCUCAGGUUGCCCACCAGCAGUACCACCAGCAGGGAGGCUACAGCUCGCCGGCGCCCCCAGGGCAGCAGUACUACGGCGCACCAUCCCCAGUAGCCGCACCGGGGUUCGCACCACAACAGGGCGUGGGACUGGGACUGGGACAGGUACAGCCACAGGCACAUGGACAGGCACACGACCAAGACCAAUAUGGAGGACAACCGGAUCUGUCGUCCCAGAUGGCUGGUCUUGGAAUUGCAGAUGCGCCGCAACAAUCCCGCAAGAAGAAGAAGGACCGCCACGCUUUUCAUGCCGUCGGCGCCCCCGCUGGCUCGUCCCAGCCUUUCAACGGCAUCCCGCCUGCCGGAACCCCUCAGACCGCCUUCCUCAACGCCGAUCCUUCGGUGCAAGCAGGCAGCUACUUCCCUGGUCAGCCAGGAACCCCGAGCCAGUUCGCAGCCCAAUUUCCAGCUCCCGCCGGUCAGCCCUUCAACCCUGCUGCCGCUUCGCCAGCAGAGUUCGCUGCCAGGAACGGCCCUUCCGAUUCUGGUCCUCCCCUGUCGGCUUUCGUCCCGGCUUCCGGAGCCCAAGUCUCACCAGACGACAUCCCAAGCGUCCCAGUCUCGAGAGAUGUGCCUCAGCAGUACUACUUCAGGAACGUCUAUCCUACCUUUGAGCGCCAUGUCCCUCCCCCCGCCGCGACAUCCUUCGUCUCGUACGAUCAGGGCAACUCGGCUCCCAAGUUCACCCGUUUGACCUUGAACAACAUCCCGGCAAGCAAGGAAGGCUUGGACAGCACUGGCCUUCCGUUGGGUCUCAUUGUUCAACCCCUUGCCAAGCUUCAACCGGGUGAGCUGGAGAUUCCCCUGCUGGACUUCGGCGACGUAGGCCCUCCCAGAUGUAGGAGAUGUAGAGCUUACAUCAACCCCUUCAUGAUGUUUCGCAAUGGCGGCUCAAAAUUCCAGUGUAAUCUAUGCACCUAUCCGAACGACACCCCAUCAGAGUACUUCUGUGCGACAACACCGCAGGGCGUCAGAGUAGACAGGGAUCAGAGACCAGAGCUAUGCCGUGGCACGGUCGAGUUCACAGUUCCCAAGGAAUACUACACCAGAGAACCUGUUGGUUUGAACUGGCUGUUCCUGAUCGAUGUUACUCAGGAGGCCUUCAACAAGGGCUUCUUGGAGGCCUUCUGCGAGGGCAUUCUGGCUGCACUCUAUGCGCCGGAAGGAGGCGAGAGCCAACAGGAUGACGAUGAUCAACCAAAGCGGAGGAUACCGGAAGGAGCCAAGGUUGGUUUUGUGACUUACGACAAGGAUAUCCACUUUUACAACUGCCAUGCGUCACUGGAACAACCACAAAUGAUGGUCAUGCCAGAUGUGGAAGACCCCUUCGUACCUCUAAACACUGGCCUCUUCGUUGAUCCCUACGAGUCAAGGGCAGUCAUUACAUCACUUUUGACAAGAUUGCCUACCCUCUUCUCCAGUGUCAAGAAUCCUGAACCUGCACUACUGUCCACUCUCAACUCGGCGAUUGCUGCACUCGACAAGACUGGUGGCAAGAUUGUUUGCUCGCUUUCCGCUCUUCCAACCUUCGGUCCCGGUCGCCUUUUCAUGCGAGAUGACGGCAAGCAUCCCGGAGGUGAGCUCGACAAGAAGCUGUAUCAUGCGGAGCAUCCUGCCUGGAAGAAGGCUGCAGAGAAGAUGGUGGCUUCAGGAAUAGGAGUCGACUUUUUCUUGGCCGCGCCAUCCGGUGGUUAUCUAGACAUUGCAACUAUCGGCCACGUCGCUUCGCUCUCCGGUGGCGAGACAUUCUACUAUCCCAACUUCGUGGCCGGUCGUGACAAUGCCAAGCUCUCGCUAGAGAUUAAGCACACUGUCGAGAGAGAAACUGGAUACCAAGCUCUAAUGAAAGUCCGGUGUUCUAAUGGUCUGCAAAUUAAGGAUUAUCAUGGAAACUUCCUUCAACACACGUUCGGAGCUGAUCUUGAGAUUGGUGUUAUUGACGCGGACAAAGCAAUUGGUGUGACCUUUGGCUACGACGGUAAGCUGGACGCCAAGCUGGAUGCGCAUUUCCAGGCGGCACUUCUUUAUACUACAGCAUCCGGCCAGCGUCGCGUAAGAUGCUGCAAUAUCAUUGCUAGUGUCAGCGAAGUUACGCGUGAGUGCAUCAAGAUGAUCGACCAAGAUGCCGUAGUUUCCAUCCUUGCGAAAGAAGCUGCAUCCAAACUUGCGACGACAUCCGCUACCUUGAAGGACACACGCGAUUUCUUGACAGCAAGGACUAUUGAUGUGCUGGCGAACUAUAGGAAGCACUUCACAGCACAAUCACACCCUGCUGGACAAUUGAUCAUGCCAGAGAGGAUGAAAGAAUAUGCUAUGUACAUGCUUGGCACGUUGAAGUGUCGUGCAUUCAAGGGUGGUAACGAGAGCUCUGAUCGCAGGAUACACGAAUUGCGUAUGAUACGCUCUAUGGGUCCUGCAGAACUCUCUGUCUAUCUCUAUCCACGCAUGCUCCCGAUCCAUAAUUUGGCCCCCGAGGACGGUUUCCCCGACGAAGAUGGCCACCUGAAAGUACCACCCAGCAUUCGUGCGUCCUUCUCACGUGUUGAACCUGGCGGGGUCUAUAUUGUGGAUAACGGUCAACAAUGUCUCAUCUGGCUCCACAACCAGACAUCGCCCAAUCUCCUUGCUGACCUCUUCGGAGAGGGUAAGGACAGUCUCAAGGCCCUGGAUCCUUACAGUUCGAGUCUGCCCGUUCUUGAUACCCACUUGAAUGCGCAGGUCCGCAACAUCGUCGAGUUCCUUAGAACCCUUCGAGGUUCCAAGGCCCUCACUAUCCAGCUGGCAAGGCAGGGUAUUGACGGUGCCGAGUUCGAGUUCGCCAGAAUGCUAGUUGAGGACAGGAAUAACGAGGCCCAGAGUUAUGUUGACUGGCUCGUACACCUCCACAAGGGUGUUCAACUUGAGCUUGCGGGUCAAAAGAGAAAGGACGGCGAUGAGAGCCUUACCAGCACGCUGGGUAACUUUAGUGGUCUGAGGCCUGCAUAUUGGUAG